AACCGGGGCCGGGCCUCGCUCGCUCCGGAAGGCUUUAAUUUGCACUCUCGCCUCCGGGUGGGUCUCGGGCCCCGAGGCUCGCAGGUCCCCCGCCCCGCCUCGCAGCCGCUUCCACUCUGGCCCCCAACCGCGGCCAGAGCCCCGAGGCCCCCGAGCCUCCCCGGCCGCCCCGCGGGCGGCGCCCUCCGCCGUCCCUCCGCCCUCCGCCGCUGUGCCCACCCCCUGCCCGCAGAGCGCCGCUCGCCUGGGCCGCAGUAGUCAGUUACCUGCUCCGCGGGGCGAGCACGUGCGGGGGCUGACAGACACACCGCAGGUGCAGAGAUUGUGGGCAGACUAUGUAAUCGCUGCGGAGGGGGAAGAGGAGGGAUCGGCGCUCUCCUGCGGCGGCGGCGCGGCGACUCGGCUAGGCGGAGUUUCGCGGCGGCUGCGCCCGGCUUGCGCCCGCGGCCGAGAAGGUCGGUCCGUCCAGCCCGGCGGCCGCGAGUCCCACUCCAGGCGUCCCCGCGGCGUGUAAGUCAACGAGUGCGCACCCCGGUUUCACUGUGCCGCGCCCGCAGCCUCCAGCCAGCAUGGAGAAGGACAGCCUGAGCCGCGCCGACCAGCAGUAUGAGUGCGUGGCGGAGAUCGGGGAAGGCGCCUACGGGAAGGUGUUCAAGGCCCGCGACCUGAAGAACGGUGGCCGCUUCGUGGCUCUGAAGCGCGUGCGAGUGCAGACCGGCGAGGAGGGCAUGCCACUCUCCACCAUCCGCGAGGUGGCGGUGCUGAGGCACCUGGAGACCUUCGAGCACCCCAACGUGGUCAGGUUGUUCGAUGUGUGCACAGUGUCACGGACAGACAGAGAAACCAAGCUUACACUAGUGUUUGAGCAUGUUGAUCAAGACUUGACCACUUACUUGGAUAAAGUUCCAGAGCCCGGCGUACCCACAGAAACCAUUAAGGAUAUGAUGUUCCAGCUUCUCCGAGGUCUGGACUUCCUUCAUUCCCACAGAGUAGUGCAUCGCGACCUGAAACCGCAGAACAUCCUGGUGACCAGCAGUGGACAAAUAAAGCUGGCUGACUUUGGCCUUGCCCGCAUCUACAGUUUUCAGAUGGCCCUUACCUCAGUGGUCGUCACACUGUGGUACCGAGCCCCAGAAGUCCUGCUCCAGUCCAGCUAUGCCACCCCCGUGGACCUCUGGAGUGUCGGCUGCAUCUUUGCGGAAAUGUUUCGCCGAAAGCCUCUUUUUCGUGGAAGUUCGGACGUGGAUCAACUAGGGAAAAUCUUGGACGUCAUUGGACUCCCGGGAGAGGAAGACUGGCCUAGGGACGUUGCCCUUCCCAGACAGGCCUUUCAUUCCAAAUCUGCCCAACCGAUCGAGAAGUUUGUGACAGAUAUCGACGAACUAGGCAAAGACCUACUUCUGAAAUGCCUGACAUUCAAUCCGGCUAAAAGGAUAUCCGCCUAUGGUGCCCUGAAUCACCCAUACUUCCAAGAUCUGGAGAGAUACAAGGACAACCUGCACUCUCACCUGUCAUCCAACCAGAGCACCUCCGAGCUGAACACAGCCUGAGGUCCCCCCACCCCCGCCCCGGGGAUGCCGUGAGCUCAUCAUCUGAACGCAUUGGUGGCUGCGAGUCCCCUCCGCAAGCCUCGCAGAGCAGUUGAAGGUUGCUGGCUGCGGGCCUUCUAGCUGCCAGCUUCUGGGUGGGCUCUGCCUCGCCAAGGAAACCACCUAGUUUACUGUUCAGAGAUCAACGCAAGAGUGACUGCAGCUUUAUGUCCGUACACUUGUUUGUUUUGUCUGUUUGUUUCAAGAACCUGGAAAACUUCCAGAGGAAAAGAAGCUGCUGACCAGUCGUGCUGCCAUUUUUGUUUUCUAACCUUGAAUGCUGCCAGUGUAAAGUAGGUGUCCAGGCCCGGCUGAGUUAUGAUGUAAUUUGCCUGCAGCUGCUGGGCCUGCCUUGGUACUUGGUGUGUGUGUGUGUGUGUGUGUGUGUGUAAGAGAGAGGGGGCAGGAGAAGAAAGAUCCCUGAUGAUCUCAAGUGUUAUCUUUUUUUGUAGACAACAAGAAUAAUUGAAUUUUUAAAGAGUAGAGGUGACUGAUAGCAACGAGGACUUGCUCAGUGAAAGGUGAUUCACAAUGGAUUCUUGUCCAGUUGGGAAAGCGAGCCUAAGUCCUCAACGUUGCCUUCCUUUCCAAAAGCUUUUGCUAGCAAUAAACAAUAAAGGUUUAGACACCACAAAAAUGGGGGGAACCCCAAUAUCUUUUAAGAGACUUUUUAAGGCAUACAGUCUUCUAUGUACUCUUUGGAAAGCUGAACUUAAUGUGUCCUAAGGCCUAUGUAUAGUACAAUAAGUUCUUAAUUGUUUAUUUGGGGAAAGAUGUUAUACGUAUCUUAUUACCUGCAGUAGAUUUAAGGAGUGAGUGUACCUCAGAUAGGUUUUAAAGAUAGAGAGCGCCUAUAUUUUCUGGUUUGAAAUGUUAUCAUUUCCUUUGCGCCUCUUGUUACUUUGUUGUUUGCUUUAGGGAAUCAUUUCCUGCUCGGGAACACCAUUUAGGUCUCUCCACCUACCAUGGUGGCACAUCUGCCACGUGCCGCCUUGCGUAGUGCCAACCCCUCACCCCCAGCACUUGUAAUUCACAUUCCUGCCAUUGCCUAGCUAACGACAGACUGCCCAGCUGCCCCCAUCCCACACCUGCUCGCCCGAUUACCGUCUCUCACCAAAUGCUUUGCAGAUGCACCGCUGCAAUUCUGCAACCCUAGCAGCAUCCCAGCGUAUUCUUAGUAUAGUCUUCCCACCCACUACCACUGAGGUCGCCUAGGCGGUGUAGAGCGCUUGUUCUGUGUGUGAGCAGCAUAUAGAUUGCUACCAACUGUCACGUGGUAUUUUUAUAGUGUAUGUUUGUAUAAUAAUUGAGGGAAUGUGUUUUCCUCUCUUUUAGAGGUAACUAUUCACUCUCUAAAGUGAUCUUUCUCUGUCCAUUGCCCGGGAUGAUUUUUUUUUUCCUGGUGCCUCGUGCUCAGCCCUGCUUGCUGCAGAGCCAGCAUAGCCUGGGCAUUAUAAACAACUGUACCUUACUCUUCUGUCUCGCGCCUUUAUACCCUGUGCCGCCUUUGCCUUAUAUCCAUGGCUCAGUGCUAAGCUGGCACGACUCCAUAGAGGGUGUAGAAAGCAGCUUUGGGGAAGUUCAGCUGAGGUUGGAAUCGAGUUUGAGCGCAUCUAAGUCAAAGCUAGCUCAUGUGUCACUGCAGAACUUUGGAAGAGUGCCCAACGUUUCCCACAGCAGUGCAGGCUUCAGAUGGUCUUUAUACACCGCGGAGCCUCACCGUAUUCUCUGUAGCUGAAUAAUGCACGUGGUUGUUUGGUAUGGAGAAGAAUCAGAUGUCUUUCCUGAGAGCUUUGGAGGUUGGGAAUUCUUUUUUUUUUUUUAACAUUACAUUACAUUCUUUUGAUUCAGUAUCUCAAGAAAGGAUAUCUUUUUCGAAAGCAAAGCUUUAAAAGACAGAAGCUGGCCUGUGGGAAUAUUCUGCACUCACCAUUACAGCUGUGCUGUCGACAUUGUCAAUGCUUGAGGUAGAAUCAGCCCAGAGCCUCUGGGACAAGGGGGCUGGCUACUCUAGAUCUCACUUGGACAGUGAGUUCUGCCUUGUCAUUGAACAUUCUCCAGAGCCUAGAAAUCGACCAUAAAAUUCACUUCAUCGAGGCUUAAUCCAUUCUAUAUUAGCAUCCAUGUGAUAAAGUGAAAAUAAUUUUGAGGGUUUUGCUUUCGCACAAGAAGGAAGGAAAGAAGGAAGAAAGAAAGAAAGUUGUUUUCCUUAGCUUUGCUCAAGAAAAAUACAGCUAUCCUAAACUGGAAUCUUUCCAUUUUCUUUAGAAUUUUUAAGUAUAGAGUUUAACUUCAUUUUUGUCCGCUGUCUUGGGCUUAUUUCGAAGUAAUGGGGGUGGGGUAGUGGGAGGUUAAUUUUGUUUUCUUGGCUUUGUGUAUAUGCGUGUGUUUAUGUGUUUGGCUUUUGGGUUUGAUUGGUUGGUUGUUUAGGGUUUUUUGUUGUUGUUUGUUUGUUUUGCUUUUUCUAGACAGGGUUUCUCUAUGUAGCCCUGGCUGUCCUGGAACUUGUAGCCUCUGUAGACCAGGCUAGCCUCAAAAACUCAGAGAUCCACUUGCCUCUGUCUCAAGUAUGCUUGUACUGAAGUCAUGAGCUACCCCCUCACUCCACCCCCAACUUUGAGUAGUGUUUUUAAAUCAUAAACAUUUUGGUGUUAGAAACAGGGCACACUGUGCCAGGAUGGGGCAGAAAGGGCACGCAGCCUCUCUGGACCUCACAGCUCUGCCCCAGCCCUUCGUCCAUAUAGGUGCUCUGGACAUAUGUCUCCACGUCAGGCUCACACCCCUGAAACCCAGUUUUCACACAAGGAGACUUGCCAUUAGGGUCCUUAGCAGCACAGGGGAACAUGGAGUAAACUGAAGAGCUUACUGUGUGCAGUCUUUGUCCAAAUCUAACCAGUGACUCACUGAGAGUCUAGACCCUGCUGCCCUGAGGUUCCGCCGGAAACAGCUUAUAGUAGUAAUAGUGCAAGAGCAUGUUCAGGGUUUGGUUCCAGAGACUCCAGCAUCUACAGGACUGGCUGGAGUUACAACAACCUCUUAAAGGGGGUGUGGCGGGUUCUCCAGUUAGAUCCCCUAUCCGCACAGGGGAGCAGUCCUAGCCAGCCAGCCCUCGAAACACAGUCGCUGAGCUCCUGGGGUCACCCAGUGGCCCACAGCCUCCUACUUGGCCCCUCUUUAAAGAAGACAGUCAAGCAAGAGAGAGAAGCUGUCCAGUUAGCUUGGGGCCUUUCCGCCCCCAGCUUCUCAGGACCUUUCUCUCAGGACCCCCUCUCUGACCAAGAGACUUGAAUUUAGCCCCCAAGUGAUUUACUCUAACAGCUCACUUAAAAAUAGGAUCUCCACAAUGAAGACCCCAGGAUGCCCGGGGUGCUGCUAUCUCAAAGACAAUACUUUCCUUUGACGGAAAGCUGUGCACCCUGCUCCGGGUGCUAGCCAACUUGUCUGAGAAGUCAGGAGCAAACAUUUUGAAUUCUAAAGUAUGUCCUGAACUUGUCUUUUUAAGGAGCUGUAGCUGCUUUCUUAAAAGCUGUGACUACUAAAGCUAAGUCACAGCCGUUGUCACUGUGGGAGUUAAAUCAUGUCAACUUUCACAUGUCACAGUCAUUUCAAUCUUCUGUCCAAAGAAUAGCUCUUCUGGAGAAAACCUGACUUUUUUUUUUUUUUUUUUUUUUGUCUUGUUCUGUUUCGUUUUUCCUGAGACGGGGUUUCUCUGUAUAGCCCCGGCUAUCCUGGAACUCACUUCGUAGACCAGGUUGGCCUCCAACUCAUGUAGAUCUUGCCUCCUAGGACUAAAGGUGUGCACCACCAUGCCAGCUGACUAUUUUUUAUGAUAAGCUCACAUUUUCUUAAAGCACACUUUUGUCACAUAGUAGAUAGAGUCUGGGAAUGAAUAACAUUAAAAGUCCCCAUCACGCUUGUGUCAACACGUAAGGAUAGCCACCAGAAGAAUACAUGCUUGUGACACAAAAUUAAGGACCAUGUAUAAUUUCUGAAUCUUUAAAAAUCCCCCCCAAAAAAUAGUGGGAACAGUAUACACUCUAAGGUUAUUUUAAAUUUUACAUACAUUUUUAAUAUUAUACGUGUGCCUUAAAGUAUAUUCUAAGAAGAAUUAUAAGUCAUUCAGCACUUAUGGACUGGGUAUGUCAACAUACACAAAUUCUGUGGGGAUGCACAGAAUCGAGGGCACGCCUUCUCAUCUCAUGGGAAGACAGCAGCCAUGGGAAGCUCUGCUCACUGGAUAUACAUGCCUAAGAAUAUCCACUAGAAAAAAGAAAACAGAAAGCUUAAAAGGCCUUUGCCUCUCGUGCAGCUGAGAAUGGACAACGUAUAAACCUUUCCCCCCCCCAAAAUAAAUUCUUUAUCAUGUGCAUACCUACAUCCAUGUACAUCAUUAGGAAGCUGUCCGUGCAUUCAUCCUCCACGGUGGGGAAGCUAUUGAAGCCUGGUGCAAGGUGAUGAGUGAUAGCGGUCCCUCAAAUACAUGGGAACACCUUCCCCUGCCUCCCACCAGCUUCCUUCCUAGGCACAGGCUCAGUCAGGGUAUCCAGGCCAGGAGGGGCUGGCGCCUACAGCCUCCCCCCUCCCUCAAGCUAGGAUUGCAUAUCUCAAGCAUUUCUAGCUCAGUUUGGGUUUUGGUAUUGUUCUUGUUUAAGGAAAUAAACCAAAACUAUUCUUUUUGACCUCCUGUCUUCUGAAAGAGAGGGAUUCCAUUUUUAACUCUUUCUCUCAAUUUGCUUUUUCAAUUUUUUCUAAUGAAGUACCAAAUUUAGGGGUUUUUUGUUCUUGUUUUGUUUUGUUUUUUUAAUGUUUUCUGCUAGGGUUUUCAGCAAGUUAGGUAACUGAGUGGACUUCUACUAGGAUAUUCACACCUCUGUGCUCUAGUCCUCUGACCCUUCCAAAAAAAAAAACCAGCCACCUGAGAAUAAAUGUAGCCCCGCCCCCCAAGGGUCUACCACAGUUCUGUGACAGCAAGUCCAAGUUCAGAUGGUGGCGAUGGACGGCAGUUUGGAGUUGGGUUGGGUUGGGUUGGGGCAGAAGUCAGUUGUAAAAGUCACAGUGCCCCGAAGUUGGUGUGGGGUUGUAUUCCUCUAUCCCAGCAUGUUUCACAAGGUGGCGCCUUCAGAGGAAACUUUAAACCUGACCAAGACUGAAGAGGUAUUCUAGAGACAUUACUCAUAACUGUUUUUCUGCAUAUCUUUGACCAUCACCUAGCAUGUUUCUUCAGAUAAAAUAUUCUACAGCUUAUACGUUUUGCUUUUUAGCUAGGUUCUGAGUAAGUUAUGUUUCAGAGUGACAUUUAAGCAAGUAAAGAAGGCCUUUACAAUUUCCUAAGGGACGUUUUUGAUGCAACCAAAUUACCUGCAAUUCUAGGACACACAACUAAAACCUUCCCUGAAGCUGGCCCUCAUCUGUGAACAGGACAGAAAUUACAAAACUUGUGUGUAUGUGGGGGGGGGGGCAGUGGGAACUCUUCGCAGCCACUGAGGAGGCUACGGCUACAGUUCACCCCUCACUCCCCCUGACCUGUUGACACUGUCAUUUCUAGACUCAAGUGAGUAAAGGAAGUAGUGCAACCGUAAUAUAGUAUGCAGACCUUUUCACCAGAACCUCAGUGCUCUGCAAAUACCAAAAGAACUGGACUUUUUUACACGUGUAAAAACUACAAGUGCAAACUCUUAAAUUCCAAUUCCUAAAUUUUGUUUUAUAUUUAUGAGCAUAACAGCUUAGAAAGGAAUAUCAAAGUCACUUUUAUACUACAUUUUAAAUUCACAUUUUUCUGAGAGACCUAGCCCCCUGAGCCAAUAGUGGCAGUACAUUGGGAAUGUACAGAUGGUAUUUCAGUUUCUGUGGCACACCACAGCAGAAAGCAGGUUAUUCCUUAUGAGUCACAUGCACACCACACACACACACACACACACCCUGCCUGACUUCACUCCAGAAAGGUUGGCAGGUAGGCCUCAGUUAAAUUAAAAAGCUCACUAAAUUAAAAAGCUCGAGGCACUGAGAAAUAUUAGGUUCUCUCAACCCUCUGCUCUCACCGAAGCAGAUCUCAGGUUAAGCCCCCCAGUUAAAGGCCAAGUCCCCCCUGGGUCUGCCCCCUCUGCCACCCUUCUGCAGUUCCUGAACCUGAUCCCACCAGCCACUCUGGCUGGCGGGGCGGGGCAGCGGAAUCAGGCCAGCAGGAUGUUGUGAGAGGACCAGAGUGACCUGCUGCAUCUCAGAGCCAUCUGUUGUACCAUCUUAGGAAGCAAGGUGCUCUCGAAGCACAUAGUUGCCCUCUGAGUGACAAUAAUUAUAAUUUGCUUGCUAGCUGACUAGCUCCGGUGUAGAGAUGAGGGUUGCUACCCCGCAAGCCCUAUAUCAGAUGUUUCACUCAUUUUGUGAUGCAGAGGGGGAAUUAAGAUGUAUAAUUACAGUAGAAAUUUUGACUUUAUUGUUUUCUACCCUGGUGGAAAAAAAUACUCCUGAAAAUGUUUAAUUUUGAAAUACUCCGACUUCAGUUGACAAAAGUAUGUAGUUCUUACCUUUCUACUUAAUUCUUUUUUUUUUUUCUCUUUUAGUGAGCAAAUUAUUCCUUGAACAGAAAGAGGAUUUUCCCAUUUAGAGGAAGCUUUGGCGUGAAUCGUCAGGUCACACAAAUAAUGCCUUUAAACUGUUAAGUAUGGGGCUUUGGUUUUUAAGGGGACACAUAACCAAGCGUUGAUGGUCAGAAAUUAUGUCUAGCUCUAUAAUUUCUUGCUCAGGCAGGGUUCCAGCCAGAUUCUAUUGUGAGCUGGAGCUGGGGGACCCUGUACUCUACUUGAAGUUUCCUAAUAUUUAGUUCUAUGAAAUGCAAUAAUAUAUAUUAGCCAGCAAUAUUCCUGUGGUUGCCAGCAUCUCUGAGUUUGAUCUUCAGCCUCUGGAUGAUUAAAGUAGAUCCCAGCAGUAAUCCAUUUCUUGACAUUAGCCCUCAAGUCACUCAUCUUCCCACUCUGGCUGUAUUUGCAACAAUGUAUUCAUGUAUGUUUCAGUUGUUUUAUUCAUUAUUUUCCUAUGAACAGUGAUAAGUGUAUUAGCACAUUGACUUAAUAGCAUAAUAGGAAGAGCACUUAGCAGAUGGGGAAUUUUUUUUAUCAAGUCCCACAUUUACAUAAGUUAUUUCUAUUAUUAUUCAUGUAUAUUAUUUAUUGCUAAGCCUCACACCAGUCCUGUGAAAGUGCAACUAAAGGCAGAUGUUAGGACUUGGGUUUAAUGUUCCUUAUCAUGGUCUUGAACAAAAAUCUCAGUGAUACCCCCAAAUAAGCUGCAUGAGUAUCUAACACUUAGAUUUCAGUAGGUUAGGUGUAAUACUUUUGGUGUCUUGUUAUUUUCUAAGAGGCAAAGCAACAGAACUUUGUAGCUGUUGCUCCUGGCAGGGGUGUGUUUAGCAUAGUGUGAUAUUAAUUAUAGCAAAUGUUAAGGUAGCAUGUAGAGGUUGCUUUCAUUAAGGGACCGCCAGAUGGCCAGCGAAGUGGCCACUAGACAGGCGUCUAGGUGCCGCCUCCUGUCUGGUUGUGUGAAAAGAGGCACGCCGAGUGAUGUAGUGCCCCCCCUUAGGUGUCCUGUGCAGCGGUGGGAACACGUGGUUCUGUGGAGAAGGAGCAGUGUGAGGGAUGUUGUAUAGGAAUAGAACCGGCAGCUUGCGCCUUGAGGCUUCCUGACCAUGGUUUCAGAUGUCCGGCAACUUUGCUGUAUACAGAAGCAGGCCAUCCUAGUAAUGAAACCUAGGAAGUCCCAACAAUUCAAAAGCCAGUUGCCUUUCUGCUGUUUCUGGUCUGAACUGAAGGUUAAUGGGCAAGUGUUAGGCAUAGAAAAGCAGUUGUGUGUUGGGGCUCGGUGCCACGGCCCAAGGUGUGUGUUAGCAGUAGAGACUGUUACAGGGUUGUCCCUUCUAGGUGUGUAGAAGUAUGUUUUCACUAUAAAGUGUGUUUUGUUUCUGUAUUCCCAUAGGGACUUGUUAAAAUUUGCUUCUAGAGGCUUCAGCAAAGCUGUAGUACAUCGUGAGCUGCUUUUUGUUUGACUUAAUCCUUAGAAUAAGAAAUGUCUAAAGGUUUAAAAAAAAAAAAAAGAAUCUUCAUUCGGACACUGAAUUCACUGUUUUCUGGACUGAAAUCGCAGUCCUAGAACUACAGAGGUCACACCCAUUAGAUGCUAAUCUAGGCUGUGUCAGCCAGCCCCAAGCGUCCAGCAUCCCCACCCUGUACUCAGUGCUCCUGCAUCUUCCUUCCUUCCCGAAGGUGCUCCCUACCUGUCCCUUUGGUGCUCCCCACCUCCUUGGCGGAGACUUGGGCAUCAAGCAUGUAAUGAGAAAUUCAGCACCAAGUAUGCUUGCCUAUGCCUAGGCUCCACCCCCACUUUGCCUUUGGCUAGCCAUAGUCAACGAGAGAUAAUACCUGAUGCUGGGGACAGAAUGUACCCGUGAUGUCAGUCAGAAAUGCCCUUGAGUAUGUUUCUUCUGCACAUCCUGAUCUCUAAACCCAGUCAUUAUGCAGAGCGUCCGUUGUUGGCUGUAGUCCCAGGUUAAAAAAACAAAAAACAAACAUUCCAGGCUGCUGUAGGCUGUCCACCUACAGUCUCUGCUUCUACUGCGCUUCUCCAUACUUGAAACUAGUUCUGCUAUUUUGAUUUCACGGUGCAGACAUCAGGGUGCAUGUUUCCCCUCUGGGUGCGUAAUUACUCUCAUUCCGUUUGCUCAUACUGCUACAGGAUGCUCUGUUUUGGUGCUUUGGGUUCGGUGGGUCAAAGAAGCAUUGUAGGAAAUCACUGCCUAGAACACAGUCUUAAAAGCGUAUGUAUGGGCAGGAAUCUUGGUGUUGAUGUUGCUUCUGCUCUUCUCUGUGCCCUCUAGAUGGAGUUACCAGUUUGGCCUGCCAGGUCUCCCCCCC